GCGUCAGGCCAGUCCCAGCAUGCUCUGCGGCCACCGGCGGUCGAACGCAGGCGAGAGGAAUUUUUCCCGUGAAAAGCCCUGGCUUAGUUCAGCUGCUGUCCAGACUCCGGUCGGCAGGAGUAUCGCCUCCAGCCGUUCUCCUACCGCUCGCCCGUCAGUCUAAGCGCCCCCAGCCCUCCCACGAGGGCGCCCCGGGACGGAAGGAUCCACCAGCCUGUCGGCGCCCGCCGUUCUCGUGGUCGCCGUAGCGGUCGUCGUCGUCGUAGUCUCUGCUGUCGUCUGGGCCAUGGCCAAUUACAUCCACGUCCCGCCCGGCUCCCCGGAGGUCCCCAAGCUGGAUGUCACGGUUCAGGAUCAGGAGGAGCAGCGCUGCCGGGAGGGGGCCCUGAGCCUCCUGCAACACCUGCGGCCGCACUGGGAUCCUCAGGAGGUGACCCUACAGCUUUUCACAGAUGGAAUCACAAAUAAACUUAUUGGCUGUUACGUGGGUAAUACAAUGGAAGAUGUAGUCCUGGUGCGAAUUUAUGGCAAUAAGACUGAGUUGUUAGUCGAUCGAGAUGAGGAAGUGAAGAGUUUCCGAGUGUUACAGGCUCAUGGCUGUGCACCACAACUCUACUGUACCUUCAAUAAUGGACUGUGCUAUGAAUUUAUACAGGGAGAAGCGUUGGAUCCAAAGCAUGUCCGCAACCCUGCCAUUUUCAGGCUAAUAGCACGCCAGCUUGCUAAAAUCCAUGCUAUCCAUGCACACAAUGGCUGGAUUCCCAAGUCUAAUCUUUGGCUAAAAAUGGGGAAAUAUUUCUCUCUCAUUCCCAUAGGAUUUGCAGAUGAAGACCUUAAUGAAAGGUUCCUAAGUGAUAUCCCAAGCUCUCAGAUUCUUCAGGAAGAGAUGACGUGGAUGAAGGAGAUUCUUUCCAACCUGGGCUCACCCGUUGUGCUUUGCCAUAAUGACCUAUUGUGUAAGAAUAUAAUCUACAAUGAGAAACAAGGUGAUGUACAGUUCAUUGAUUAUGAAUAUUCUGGAUACAACUACCUGGCAUAUGAUAUUGGAAAUCAUUUCAAUGAAUUUGCAGGUGUGAGUGAUGUAGACUAUAGUCUCUAUCCAGAUAGAGAACUUCAGGGCCAGUGGCUGCGUUCUUAUCUUGAAGCCUACAAAGAAUAUAAGGGCUUUGGGACUGAAGUUACUGAAAAGGAAGUAGAAAUACUCUUCAUUCAAGUCAAUCAGUUUGCAUUGGCUUCUCAUUUCUUUUGGGGAUUGUGGGCUUUGAUUCAAGCCAAAUACUCUACUAUUGAGUUUGAUUUCCUUGGGUAUGCAAUUGUUCGUUUUAACCAGUACUUUAAAAUGAAGCCUGAGGUUACUGCAUUAAAAAUGCCUGAGUAAAGAAGAGAUUUAAUUAUUCUCAAGAAGCUGAACAGUGUUUAUGAAUCUUAAGAAAUUCAGAAAAGCCAAUGCUUGUUAAAAUUCUGUUAUUUAAUUUGGUUAUCUUGCUUUAUAAAUUAUGCCUCUAAACAACCAAUCUAAUUUUUAAAUAGACUGAAUGAUGUCAAAACAUAUACCUACUGCUAUCAGUAUGUGGUCGAUUAGAAAUUUGUUAAAUCUGCAAAAAAGUAUAAAGAUGUCAGUUUAAUCUUUUCUUUGGUAAUUUAAUCUGUUAUAUGUGAAUUAUUUAUUAUAAUUGUAACACAAAUCUGUGACUGCUUUCAUCCAUUUCAUCUGUUUAAGUGUAAACAAUGAAAAUGUUCCAGAGAAAAUGUUUUUUGUUUUACUUUAAUAGGAUUACUUUUAGUAAACAUUUAGGUGUUCAGUGUAACCUUUUUACCUUGAUGCACUGUAAGUAAAAUGGAUCAUUUACUCUUGAAAUGCCAGAUACUAGUUUAGAUAACUUAGGUUGUUCAUUGAAAAAUCUUGUUAGGAGGGUGAAAAACAUUCUCUAUGCUAGUGUACAUCUUUUUUAAUUGAAUAUUGAAAGGUGUUUCUUUUUGGGGAGUACAUCUUAAAUUGCCCUCUCCCUGCAUAGUUUGGCAGUAUAAAUGUUAAUGUUAAUGUAUAAUCCUGGAAUAGAUAUAAUGAUUUUAUGUUACCAAAAUCUGCAUUCAAUAAUGUUCUCAUAUACUAAAUGUGGUCAUUUAGGUUACUAGUUUAUUUUUAAGAUUUUAGUAUAUCAAAUUGUUUCUAACUAAAAGUUUUGUUUUACUUUCUGACAGAUGUUCUAUGUAUUUGUUUGUUAUUAAAUAAGUAGUAGCUAGUAGAAUAAUUGCUAGUUUUGGAAACAAAGAUAGAAUGUUUAUCAUACUUGGCAACCAGAAAAUAUCUUUUAGAUUAAUUUUUUUACCCCUCCAGAUUCAUUUCUUACAUUUUAGGUUUUCUGUUUUAGUUUGGCUCCAUGUCUUUAGAAUGAUAGCAAGUGAUUACUUAAUACAUGUAGUUCAGAGAAAUAAGUUGAGGUGGUUAAAAGAAUUAAAUAAGGAACAUUUACAGCAUUGAUCUUGUACACUUAAAAUCUGAUGUAACAAUGUGAAUUAAGCAGAAAUGCUCAUGGUAGGAAGGCUUCUUUUAGUUUUGAUUUCUCUUCAAUUUGUUUUAAGUGUAUUUUUAAUUUUGUUUGGGAGUGAGAGGAUGGUAAUUAUUUGGAAGGAAGUUAGAUCUUUCGGAUAAGUAGGCUUCAAGUUUCGAAGACUGUUGUGUGGAGUUGAGUAGUCAUGGUUUACUUAGAAAAUUAGUCUGACAAGCUUUGCACUUUGGUCACAUAAGUGCCCAUGUACAAAGUUGGCUUAAUGGAUCUGCAUAUUCAGAAUAUGCAACUACGAAUUUAUCCUCUGAGAAAUCUUCUGGGGAGUCUGAUGUAUUAUUAUUCCAAAUGACUUAUGUUCUCAAAUAAGUGCUUUAAAAUACUUGGAUUAUCUCAAGAUGUUUAAAGCUAAUUAAGUAGAAACACUUAAAGGCCAUUUUAAAUAGUAAAUUCUAGUUACAUAAAUAGAAUCUGAAAACCUGUUUGUAUCUAUAACAGUGUUAGACCAAGAUUGUUUUCUACCUCCCCAAUGUUACAAAUGUUCAUUUCUGUUUUUAUAAACCACAUUACUGUAGGAUCAAUAGAAUUUUACCUAAUUGACUAAAUGAAUGGAACCAAUUAUUAACAAUUAAUAGCUUUUUAUGUAGUUUAGAGUGAACUUGAAAAAUUGGGUUUUGGGGAAUUUUCAUCUGUGGUUGGAAUAUUUUCUUAGAAUGAUGAAGACUAUGUAAUAAUCUUUUCUUUUUGUUUGUUUGUUUGUUUCUGACUUCUUAAAGUGCAACAGUAUGUAUCUUGGAGAACUAUGGGAGGAGAGAAGAUCAUUUUUCUACUUUACUCCAUAUUCUCUAAACUAUUUUGAAUAGAGAUUCACUGAGCCAUUGCUGGUAGACUGCAUAGCUGCUGGCUGUGACACUAUUAUAAGCAUUUCAGAAAGUUUCACAUGGAAGUGAAUGUAAAGGGAAUAAGGCUCUCACUUUAGUCCUAGGAGUGUGCAGUUUAUCCUGGGGACAAAAUCAGAUAUUUCCCGCACUCUUUGGCUAGAUUUUGGGUGCUGUGAUGUUCCCACAGGUUUUUGGGAUCAUACUGCAGGCUAAUAAUAUGGUUUAAAAUUGCUUCCCUUUUUAUUGACCAUUUAAGGGAUUCUCAAGGAAAAACAUUCAUCUAAAAUUUAUCCUGUAACUUGUCUGUUGCCUUUUUAUGUUAAGCUAAAGAACUUGAAUGAAUGCCUUACCCUAAUAACUUGUAAGCUCAUUUUGUAAAUAUAAAAAUGGUUGUUAGAGAAGUGGCAUUCAUGUGUACUCAUUGUUAGUCAAUAGACCAUAGUGGCCUGGAUGCUUUAACAAGCAAAAUUCCACAGUUUUUUCCCUUUUUGUUCCUUACAUACUUAUAAGAUCUUACCUGACCAGUAAUAUUUGAUUCUUUUUCCACUCCUAACCCCAUGCUACCACCAUUUUCUGGAAAUCAAAGCGAUGUGGUAGUAAAUCUUACUGUUCACAUGAUCAUUUGAGAUCAAUAUGAGCACAAAACUCUUCAACUAGGUCUGCCUGGAAUGUACAUAAAACAGUGUAAAUAAAAUUUGUAAAUUAAUGUGGAUUGUAUCUUGCAUAUGAGAUUGUGUAUUGUUUUGCAUUCUCUUCCCUUUUGUAGAAAUUUUUCUGUAAGGAAAUGAUCCAGUUCUUUGGUUUUAGACUGGAAAUAGCCAACCGUUCUGGCUGCACAGUGGGGUAACAAGAGGAACUGGAAAUAGGGUUUAUCAGUUUUUGUUAAUGUCAUUAUUUAUUUAGCCUCUCAGUGCCUAAUAGGACUUUACUUCAUUCUUUGGUUGUCCAUUAGUUUUUGUGAGGUUAGAUUCCUGCAAGCAGCCAGUUAAUAUAUUGCUAAAACUCCAUUCUUUGAGUCAUGAUUCUAAGCUAAAGCAAAUUAAAAAUAUAAUUAAUGAUUACAAACUGAAGUAUUCUUUCCUAUUUUCAAGGCUGUUAACCUUUUUCUACAAAAAAAAAAAUCCCUUGAAAUUUUAGAUAUCUCAGUGUGAAUCUAAAUCCCAUAUACACAAGUGAUAUGAUAAAUAAUAGCUCUUAGUUUAAUUUAAACAUAUCUCUAAGUAUAAAGUUGUUCAUUAUGGAAUUGUAAAAGACAGAUAAGACUUAAGCAAUCUUUUAAUGACUGCUGUUUCCAUUUUUGCUGUACUAGAAAUAUUUUAGCCAUAAAUAUUACAAAAGCUUCCAAAUGUAAAGAAAAAAAAGUUUCUCCAGAUACUUACUUUUCUUUUCUUUUUUUUUGGAUACCACAGAGCAACAGACACUUUCAAUUACAAGUUAAAAACCUCCGCUUUAAUAAUUAUAUAGGUAUUUCUUUUUUACAUUACCGAAAGCCUUCUAUAUCAUUUUUAAUUCUUUCGUAAAAUAAAUGAGAAUACUAUCAGUUUGAUUUUCUGCUUUAAAUUGCCUUUAAUCAUUUUAUACUGCAUUCCAAAGUGAUAUCGACAUAAGCUUAUAAUGUUAAUCAGUCAUUCAGUUGAUAGACAAAGUUAACAGAGCUUUAUGCUAGAAGAGUUUUGUCAUUGGCAGCAACUUGCACUACUUUACACAAGAGACAAACGCUUAAUUUUUAUGUACAGAGGAAAAUGGAAUUCUAAGUAUGUGGUAAAGCAGCUUUAUCUUCAAAAUUGAUUUGCUCUGAUUUUUCUUCUUUAAUGCAUUGGAUUUGAGACUCCUUUGACUGGAAACUUAGUUACAUAUUAAGGCAAUCUGUUUUGUUUUUGUUUCUUGUUUUAAAGACAUUAGUUAUAUUGAACUGCUUUUUUUUCUCCUCUUAUAUACCACCUGUGUGAUUACAGUGUUAUGUCUUAGGUUUGAGAUCUUUGAGCAGAAAAGUGUAUCAAUUAUUUUAAAUGAAUUUGCCCCCCGACUUUGAAGCGUAGUCUGUAAAAUGUGUUAAUAUAAAAAAAGUUUGGAUUUGCAUCACUUGAUACUUGAAAACUGAAAUUAAUAAGAUAUAUUACGUGAUUAAUUAGAUUUUUCUGAAUACAGUUUUUACACUAACGAUAAUAAUUUGAAAUAAGUUGAAACAGGUUUCAACUAUUUGAAUGGAAAAAUAAUUAUAGAAAAUACCCUUUUGUGUUGGAGGCAUCCAAAAUUAAAGUUUUUAGUAGGUUUUCUGUCCUGAAGUCUGCUUUCUUUUUUUUCCUAUGCACUUACUAUGCUACUGAUGUUAUCAAAUAGCAGGUUAAAAUAGAAUCUGUUAAUUAUGAAUCCAAUAGCUAUUCUACGUAAGAAAAAUUGCUGUUGUAAAAUACUCUAAUCUUUAAAUGUAGGCAUAUUUUUGUUUACAUCUUACUCAUUAAUGGUAUAAGUACCAUUAAUCGUUUUAAGAAAACACUUAGAUGUUUAUAAAAAUUGAAAACAUCACAGAUUGUAUUUGAACUAGUUAGUGAAGAGUAAGAAAAAACUGGCUGAUUUAAAUUGUUCCAUUAGUUAAAUUUAAAAACUCUUAAUAAAGAAGCUUUCAGAAGUAGAUUGAGACUUGAUGGUAUUCACAUAAACUAUCUCCUGUGACCUGAAAAAGACCCCCCAAAAGCAGUGGAAGGAAUGAAAAUAUUUACUUGCCAUGGUUGUAGUGUGCUGCUACUCCGAUUUAGGUGGUGACACGCUGAAAUUUUUAUUGUCCAAUAAUCUGAAGAAGUUUCCUGUUAUUUCUGUAGUAAGGUAACUAUUAAUUGGUGGAAUCUGCAAAGAGAGAACUUUUUAAGUGUACUGUAUUUAGGAGCGUUUGUACAGCUGGGUGAAGUUUCCAUGAUUUGAAGUAUUUCAAUUUUAAAAUAUACUACUAUUAUAAGAAGGAAGACAUGGCAUUAUUCCAUGUUCUGAAAUGAUAAUUUUCUUACUCAGUUUCAGAAGAAAAAACAAAAUGAUUAAUUGUCAUUGUGUUGUAUGUUGAAUUGGGAAAUUGUGGGCAUAAAGUUUAAAUUUGUGUUUAUCAAAUGUGAACUAUAGUAGUAUAAUGCUGCUUUGUAUAUACUGUAAGUGCUACAAAUAGUCUCAGCACUGAAAAUGUAUCGAUACCUCUCAAAUGAAUGCAACUUUUGACAUAGGUGUUUUAAUAUGCCUCAGAAAGUAUCUGAGUGUCUGAGAAUUUGUUAAUCUGUUUGGUAAUGAAGACACUUCCUGUUUUUUUGUUGCAUAUUUUCAUGUUUAAAAUUUAAUUUUUACAUUUUUACUACUGUUAAUUUAAGUAAAAUUUGUUCUGUGGAUAAAAUGGGGUUGCCAGUGAAGAAAAUUAAAAACAGCCUCAUUCAUGUAACUGCUUAAGUAAAAAUACAUUUUUGCUCUAUGUUCAUAAACGUUUAAUGAAGCCGUUUGUACUUCUGUUUAAAUAUGAGUGAUGUUCAGGCUUUAUUUUUGUUUAAUAGAGCCUUUUACCAUUGAUUAAAUGAAGGAAUGUAUCUUUUUGAAGAGAUUUAUAGUCUGUAAAUAAAAAUUGGUUGUAACAAUAAAGUUGGGUUCUGAGUGUA